CUUUGUGUUUAAAUGGCGGUGUGGGAGUUUUGUAGCUUCGUAGACUUUGACUGUAAAUUUGAGACGUUUCGAUGAGUGUCAACGUGCAAUAAUCAGAACAGUUGCUGCAUGCAACAUUUCUACUGUCUUGUUUGGGUCAUUUUACUUGUGGAUUGUAAAAUGAGCGGCUGGGCCGGUUUUUCUGACGAGGAGCUUCGGAGGAUGCAGCAAAAAGAAUCUGCGGUACCUGCUGGGGCUGCCCGCGGUCGAAAACCAGGUCCAGCUAACCGGAGUCGGCAACAGUUACAGCGGGAGAAGGCACUGCAGUUAGCCGCUCAGAAAACUGCUGGAGCCGGAUCCCCUGUCCUUCCACCAGAGCAGCAACUCACCAAACCGCCGCAGAGGGAAGAGUCUCAGCCGGCAACCGGGUCAGGGGCUCCGAAUAACGAAGAGAAGGUGCAGCAGAAGCCCGCUGAGACGAAACCAAAUGACAACCAUGAACCAGCUGCAGAUGAGGGCUGCCCGCCGGUCCAAGAGCUGGAGAAACAAGAGGUGGAACUACGGGAAAAAUCACGCCUGGAACAACUACAGCAAGAGCGCAAACUAAUUGAAGAGAGGAAUAAACGUAAGAAAGCUCUGCUGACAAAAACUAUUGCAGAGAAAUCCAGACAAACUCAGGCAGAGGCUGUAAAGCUGAAAAGAAUCCAGAAGGAGCUGCAGGCCCUUGAUGACAUGGUGUCAAAUGAUAUUGGCAUCCUUAGAGGAAAGAUAGAGCAAGCCAGCUGGGACUACACUGCUGCAAGAAAGCGUUAUGAGAAGGCAGAGGCUGAGUAUGUGAUGGCCAAACUGGACCUGCACAAGAAAACAGAGGUGAAGGAGCAGCUAACAGAGCACCUCUGUGCUAUCAUCCAGCAGAACGAGCUGCGCAAAGCCCUCAAGCUGGAGGAAUUGAUGCAGCAGCUGCAGCUUCAGGCCACUGAGGAGGAGCUGGAGAGGCAGAAGGAAGAAGAAGAAGAGGAGAGGAGAAACUGUGUGGAGGCACAGAGAGAGGAGAAAGAAGAAAACAGUUCAGUGGAGAAUCAGGAGGGAAUGGUGCUAUCAACCACAGACUGUAGAACCACAGGUGAAGAGAUUGUGAAGAAAGAGAGCAGAGAUGCCGUACAGCUAGACAACCAACCUGUGGUCGAACCGUCAAAACCUGAACAAGACUGUAAAACACCAGAAAACCAUCUACAAAGUGAAAUUGUAGCCUCCUGAUCUGCAGAGACAGAGACACUCAUAUUAUCUUAUAUUGUCCACUCCAAAACACUAAUGCUAAUGUUUUCCUACUAACACUGUCAGAUUGAUCAAACGUGUUUAUUUCUGGGAGCGGCUGUGUAUCUAGUUCAGGGUAGUACUAUUUUUAUAACAAUGAAAAUGAGUCUGCACAACCCUGUCCCCUAAAAAUUCCAAUCUUACACUACUGAAUGUUUUUUUUUUGCCUAAGAGAAAACAUGAUUGCUAUCUGGAUUAUGUUCAUGGCAGUUUUUCAGUUGAACAAAUUAAGUAUGUUGACAGUGAAGAGUGCUGACGUUACUAGCAGUAACUGGUGCCAGGUGUGACCGACCCACAAUACUGUGCUUCCCUUAUUUUUGUCGCGUUGAAAUUUUGUGUUUCUAAUAUCAGUUAAUUUCUUCAUGAUCAUGUUUAAAAAGAACACAUAAUCUGGAUGGCUGUACAGUUAUUUUCAAAUGUUAUCGGUGUUGCUAAGAAGUAGUAUGUUGCAGCAGGUUUUAGCAGACAGGGUUGGUGUGUUGCACCGAGUAACAAAGGCGGGUAAAGAGCAUCUGGCCAGAUAUGUAAUCUUUUAAGUAUUUGAUCAGACAUUUGGGGAUUUUUAUAUAAAUUGUGGUCAUUUAAUUCAGAUAUUUCUCGUGAGACUGCUUUAAUUUAAACAUAUUAAAUGGAAAACUAUGGUGUCUUAUGACAUUUAAAAAAAAAAAAAACAGAAAAUAAAGAUGUCAUGCAAAGGAUUUUUCUCAUAUUGGUAUAGUAACUUGAGUGUUUCCAGAAUUUCGAAUGACACCCAACUGUUCAUCUGUACCUGCAGGAUCAGUCAGAAUCAUGUUCAGCUGCAGAGUAAAUCAGAAAAGUAUCUUGUAGCCAUUAUCCUCAAUUGGCCAUUUUUUAUGUGUGCCUUCCAAAAAAUGGACUGCCUUCCAAAGUUGUGGCUUUACAUCAUUAUGUGAAUUAUCUCUCAGAGCAAAGGUUGAAUUCAAAAGAUGGCUGUUUUUGAUUCUCAUCACUUUGUGGCAAGAAUGAAGGAUUGGUACAGUAUAUUUCCUGGAAAGCCUCUGUUUCAUGCAGACUCAGCAAAGCAUUAAUCCAUUGUUGUAGAUGAAGUUGUUAGUUGGCACUGGGCUCAAGUUUCACAAAGCUAAUUCUCAUCUUGUCAGUGCAGCCGGGGAGUUGCUGGCCUCCUGAACGGUAAGAUGAUAUGUUAAUGUAUGUACGGAUGCUUUCUGCUACAUAUGUUUAUGCAGACCUACAUGCUUUACUUUCUCUUGCUCCAAAUGAAAAAAUGUCAGAAAUAAUAUACAACAAUGAUCUAGUGAAAAUUUAAGAACUGUGUGAGCCUGACCAAAAUCUGAUUCAUUAAUUUGUAUAUUCUUCAACACAAAACAUGUAUUUAAAUGGGAUGAAUAUUUAAAAAGGGUUGUAUUUAGAUUUUCUGUACAGGGUGAUACUUGACUUAAAUAAAGAAUCAUAUUUUUAUAUGUA